CACAGAACAUCAACAUAUCCGCUAUAACCCCCUCCAUGAUGACUGGGUGCUGGUCUCCGCUCACCGGAUGAAGAGACCCUGGCAGGGGCAGCUGGAGAGUCCUCCACAGGAGAACAUCCCCAGGAACGACCCCAAGAACCCGCUAUGCCCUGGAGCCUGCAGAGCUGGAGGUCAGGUAAAUCCUGAUUACAAGGGGACGUUUGUCUUUGAAAAUGACUUCCCUGCCCUGCAACCAGAUGCCCCAGAGCCAGGUGAGUCUGACUCAGCUGUGACCACAGCUUUAAAUAGAGGA